AUGAGGCACGCAACUAUAACAAGGAACACCAGAUUGAAAAUAGUGCCAGAUGAUUUGAGAGCUUUGCUAGAUGGAUGCAGGAUCCAGCAGCAGGUAAAGAUGGGGAAACGAAUUGUUGAGCAGCCUUGUGAAUUGGAAGCCCCUCAAUGCUGCACGGUUGAUAAUCUGAAGGAGUUGCAGCAGUUGAUGAAGAAAAUGGAAGAUAAAAGAGGACAUGGACCUAGUUCAGAAUUUAGCCUCCAUGAUGUCAAUGUGAAGCGUGAAUUUCUUGCACCUCCCCAGUUCCACUUUGAUCCACUUGUUAAUGCAUUAAUUAUUUCAAAAAGAGAAAGCAUUUCUAUCACAAAUGGUUCCACUUGGUUUUGUUUAGCACAGGUUUUGAAAAUGGGAGGUUUUUGGUUGGUUUCUGUAGCGAAGUACUUGGUGAUGUUUUCUUUAGUUGAGGGGCAGGGAUCAGGUUUGCAGAAUGGAUUUUAUUCUUCUUCAUGUCCAAAGGCUGAAGCUGUUGUAAGAUCCAUAGUUGAAUCUCACUUCAACAAUGAUCCUCCCGUUGCAGCUGGCUUGCUUAGGCUUCAUUUCCAUGACUGUUUUGUUCAGGGAUGUGACAGCUCGGUGUUGAUCUCCGGCUCUUCCAGCGAGAGAAGUGCAUUGCCAAACCUUGGACUUCGAGGAUUCAAAGUUAUUGACGAUGCAAAAACGCAGCUGGAAUCUCUAUGCCUUGGAGUAGUCUCGUGUGCUGACAUCCUAGCAUUGGCAGCUCGGGACGCGGUUGACUUGAUUGAUGGUCCAAGUUGGACCGUUCCAACCGGAAGAAGGGAUGGCAGGGUUUCUUCAUCAUCACAAGCCUCAAGUUUACCGUCUCCACUUGGUUCCAUUGCUGCUCAAAGGCAAAAAUUUGCAGCAAAAGGCCUCGACGAUAAAGAUCUUGUAACAUUAGUCGGGGCACAUACCAUUGGGCAAACGGAUUGCUUGUUCUUUCGCUACCGCCUAUAUAACUUCACAGUAACCGGAAGUGCAGACCCGACGAUUAACCAAUCAUUCUUAGUACAACUCAAAACUUUAUGUCCGAGAAACGGUGACGGUUCGAAAAGGGUGGCAUUAGAUAUAAACAGCCCAACGAAGUUUGACGUGAGCUUCUUCAAAAAUGUUCGUGAUGGAAAAGGAGUAUUAGAAUCGGACCAGAGGCUUUGGGGAGAUGCUGCUACGCGUAGGGUAGUGGAAAAAUAUGCAGGGAACAUAAGAGGAUUGUUGGGGUUAAGGUUUGAUUAUGAGUUUCGUAAAGCGAUGAUAAAGAUGAGUAGGAUUGAAGUGAAAACUGGGUCCGAAGGAGAGAUUAGGAAGAUAUGUUCAAAGACUAAUUAAUCAUUGAUUGCAUUGUUUAGCAGUAACAGAACAUCUCUGUUA